GAUGGCGUCUGCUGAUCUGAGACAGGAGCUGGACUGUUCCAUCUGCCUGAGUAUUUAUACUGAUCCUGUAACCCUGAGAUGUGGCCACAACUUCUGCCGGGGCUGUAUUGCUGGUGCGCUGGAUGCAGAGGAGGGGUCUAGAGCCUAUACCUGUCCUGAGUGCAGAGAAGAGUUUCCAGAGCGUCCUGCACUGAUACGGAACAUAACGCUGUGUAACAUAGUGGGGAGGUUCCUGUCUACUCGGCCAGAUCAGGAGGAGACUGGGAUCUUCUGCUCUUACUGUAUUCACUCUCCUGUACCUGCUGCUAAAUCCUGUCUGCUGUGUGAGGCUUCUCUGUGUGAUAAUCACCUGAGAGUACACAGCAAGUCACCAGAACACGUCUUAUGUGAUCCCACCACUGUCCUGGGGAACAGGAAAUGCUCCGUCCAUAAGAAGGUCCUGGAGUAUUACUGUAUUAAGGACUCUGUCUGUAUCUGUGUGUCCUGCUGUCUGAUCGGGGAACACAGAGGUCACCUGGUGGAGUCACUGGAUGAGGCCUCUGAGUAUAAGAAAAGGAAGCUGAGACAUGUUCUGCAGGAACUGAUAACAGAGAGAGAAGAGAAUGAGAAAAGAGUGCAGAGUCUGCAGGAGCGCAGGAGGGAAUAUCAGGGUAAAGCAGCUGGUGUAACAGAGAGAGUCACUGCCCUGUUUAGAGACAUCAGGAGACAGCUGGAAGACCUGGAGAAGAGAGUCCUGAGUGAGAUCUCCAGGCAGGAACAACGCGUUUCACUCUCAGUCUCUGAUCUGAUCCAGCAGCUGGAAAUAGAGAAGGACGAGCUGUCCGGGAAGAUGCAUCACAUUGAGGAGCUGUGUAACAUGUCUGAUCCAGUGACUGUCUUACAGGAACCAGACACAGGUGACUUGUGUUUUACUGAGGACACAGAGAGACAUGAUACCCAGGUCCGUGGUGCAGGAGAUCUGGAUGUGGGUCUCAUCUCAGGGACAUUACACACAUUAUCUGAUAUAAUAAUAGGUAUAAAUAAAGGUAUAUAUGUGCAGGAACCAGCAGACAUAUUACUGGAUGUAAUGACAGCUAAUGAUAUUAUACAUAUAUCAGGUGACAGGAAGACAGUAUCCUGGUCACAUAUUAAUACAAUAACACUGUUGGCAUUUGGAUGUCCUCAGGUAAUAAGCACCAAGGGAUUAUCCUCAGGGCGACAUUACUGGGAGGUGGAUGUCAGUAAAUCAGAUAACUGGAUGGUAGGUGUGUGUUACCCCAGUGUAGAAAGGAGAGGAGAUCAGUCAUACAUUGUAUGUAACACUAAAUCCUGGAGACUACAUAAAUGGAAUAAUUUGUACUCCGUGAUAGGAGAACAUAAAGUGUUCCGGUUGCCCGGAAUAAUCCCCUGUGACAGAGUGAGGGUAUAUCUGGAUUAUGAGGCAGGACAGCUGUCAUUUUAUUCUCUGUGUGACCCCAUCAGACACUUAUACACAAUCACUGCCACCUUCACUGAGCCCCUCCAUGCUGUACUAAGUGUAUGGGGAGGGUGUAUAACUAUAUCUGGGAGUGAUGAUCACAAGAAAUCUGCCUAGAGAUUAAUGACAUCAUAGAGGAGGGUCUGAUUGAUGAACAUUUAGCCAAUAGAAUAAUGCUAUGGGAGGAGCCACAUGGGAGCCCCUCCUGUCUUGUACCAGAUGAUUGGUGAUUUAUGUCUGUCAAUCAAUGUAUACCAUAUGUCUGUAGACAGCUCCAUGCUUGCUCCUAUUGGCUGUGGUGUAUGAAGGGGGUGUUGCCUCUGUAAUGCUCCACCUACAGUGGGUUCCAUAACUAUUCCUUAUAUAUUAAAAGAUGGGUUGUACUACAGAGACCAGCAUGCAUUUCUGACCAUCUUAACUGACUUUAUAUUUGUUAGAAAAAUAAAAUGUAAUUACUAUUAUUCCACUAUUACAAAAAUACUCAUUAUACCAGAGUUUCCCAAAAUCCGCCAUUUCAGUCCAGGUUUUUUGUUGUUGUUUUUAUUGAAGCAAUGGUGGUAAUUCUGAGUUGAUCGCUAGCUGCAUUUGUUCGCUGUGCAGCUAUGAGGCUAAAAAACUGCACUUCUGCGCGUGCGUUGUACUAUUGCAACGAACGAUGUAGUUUCACACAAGGUUGGCGAAGCAUUUCAGUCGCACUGCUGGCCGCAAAGUGAUUGACAUGAAGAGGGCGUUUCUGGGUGUCAACUGACCGUUUUCAGGGAGUGUUCAGAAAAAUGCAGGCAUGCCAGGAAAAACGCAGGCGUGGCUGGGCGUGUUUGUGACAUCAAAACAGGAACUAAACAGUCUGAAGUGAUCACAAGCGCUGAGCAGGUCUAGAGCUACUCUGAAACUACACAAAAAAACUUUGUAGCCGUUCUGUGAGACAUUCGUUCGCACUUCUGCUAAACUAAAAUACACUCCCAGUGGGCGGCGGUAUAGCGUUUGCACGGCUGCUAAACUAAAAUACACUCCCAGUGGGCGGCGGUAUAGCAUUUGCACGGCUGCUAAACUAAAAUACACUCCCAGUGGGAGGCGGCAUAGUGUUUGCACGGCUGCUAAAAACUGCUAGUGAGCAAGCAACUCGGAAUGACCCCAUGUGUCAAAUAUUUCCAUUGUACAGAAUAAAGAAACACUUAGCACAA